AUCAAAGAUUUUACCCCCAGCCUCCAAGAAGAGGAAUAACGGGCUGAUUUUGCUGCAAAAUCCUCUCUGUCGGGCUCCCUGCACGUCCUCCUCCUCUUUCUCCUCCCACGCCCCUCGCGCCCGCAGGGCCUGCCGUCCCUUCCGCCUGUUCCCCAGCCAAUGGGAGCGCGCUGGUCUCCCUCUGCUCAGCGCCGUGUUGCCGGGACGACGGAGCCGCAUGCCAUCCGCUCAGACUGAGCGCUUCAAACUUGGUGUUGACUCUCCGCUGGCGAUGGAGCGGCCUUUUAUCUCCGCGUGAGAGUCCUCCCCAUGCACCGCCGGCCUGCCCCCCCACCCGCAGGGCGCGCUCUCAUGCUCAAAAUGCCAUCUUAGAGCGUGGAGUCCGUCAUCUCCGUCUGACUGGAAGCUCGGUGUGUUCGGCGGCCGUCCGCUGUCAGUUUGCCGCAGGCGCUCGUGGGUUCGAGCUGUUGUUGUUUUGAGAAAACACAGCUGUUUUUUUUUUUUGUCUUGUCCUGAUUGUUCCUCAAACUGCGCCAGCGUUCCUCCUGUGCUGAAGACAGAAAUAUUUUGAGGCAUCCUGGACGCGGAGAAGGAGCUGGAUGCGCGUGAGCUUGGUCUGCAGUUUAUUUUUUGUUAAUAAGCUCUGCUUCCCUCUGCCCCGUCUCCAGGUCUGUGAUGCUGCACGGCAUCAUGGUCUUCGUGGUUCUGCUGACGUUGGUGUUAAGUUCUCCCAGCUUGGAAGGCAAGGAGGUGGAGCUCCAGCCCAGGAACAGCGAGUGCGUGUGCGAGGGUCCGGCGUGUGCCACUGGGGCGCGCUGUCUCAGCCCGCAGUGCUUCUCUGCCCUCCUGGUCUCGAAUGGGACCGCGACGCACCGCAAGGGAUGCGUGGUGGGGACAGAGGAUGGGGGCGUGGACUGCAGAAGCCCCGCCUCCCCAGAGUUAGUGGUGAAAUGCUGCCGGGGCCAGCUCUGCAACGCCAACGUGACCGCGGAGCUCCCAGUCAGAGAAGAGAAGCCCUCUCUCCGGGAACAUGAGUGCGUGUGUGAGGGCCGCUCGUGCGUCAGCAGCGCCCGCUGCUGGGGGCAUCAGUGUUUUGCGUCGGUGACGCUGAGCGGCAGCACGCGGCUCUACCUGAAGGGCUGCUUUCGCGUGUAUGAGCAGGGCCGCAUGACCUGCAGGACGCCGCCCUCUGCUGGCCAGGUGGUGGAGUGCUGCCAGGGGCACCUGUGCAACCACAACAUCAGCGUUGAGCUGCCCGUUCAGAGGGAGCCCCCUGGUGGUCUGAGUGACGGCAUGUCCUCGCUGGCUCUGGUGGUGGUGGCCCCCGUGGUUGUCCUCAUCGUCCUCUCCUCUGUGGCCGUCCUGGUCUUUCGGCGCAUCCACCAGAAGCAGAUGGAGCGGCCGGUGUUCCGUGACGCGGAGUACGGCGCCAUCGAAGGGAUAGUGGCGUCCAACGUGGGCGAGAGCACGCUGGCGGACCUGCUGGACCACUCCUGCACUUCAGGCAGUGGUUCCGGACUCCCGUUCCUGGUCCAGAGGACCGUCGCCCGGCAGAUCACACUCAACGAGUGUGUGGGUAAGGGGCGAUACGGGGAGGUGUGGAGGAGCCAGUGGCAGGGCGAGAACGUGGCCGUCAAGAUCUUCUCCUCCCGGGAUGAGAAGUCCUGGUUUCGGGAGACUGAGAUCUACAACACGGUGUUGCUGAGGCACGACAACAUCCUGGGUGAGGCCGCGUUCAUCUGUGGCAUUUAG